AUGGAAUUACUUGAUUCUGUGGCUAAGGAUGCAAAGUGUGAGUUUUUCAAGGUUUUUGCACAUGUAAUAUCGUCCAUUGGCAAGCAUGCCGAGAAUCAAAGCCCUAAAAGUGCAAGAUCACCGGUAAGACAAGAUGAUAGUAAUGAUUUUUCAUACGAAGCCGUGUCUGAUGAUGCGGAUGAGCUCCUUUUGUCCGAUUUUGAAGCUUACAGCAAGCUUAUUUGCAAAGGCAUAGCGGGAAAUAAGAUAACCUUAAUAUGCUCUAACGAUGUGUAUGAUUUGGUCCACUCUCUCUUUGAUAAAAAGGUCCUUGAACUGGGAUUCUUGAACAUUUAUCGCAUGAAAGCUUUAAUGGGCAAACAAAACAAGGGUUUCACGGAUGACUAUCUACUGUCUAAUACAAAUGAAGUCUAUAUGAUAAGACCAACGUUCAAGGACUCUCAUGAUCUCUCCUCAAUAUUACAAACUCGGCAUAAUGAUAUAAACAGAGUAAUUUGCCUUCCAGAAGUCAGUGAAAUGUACCCGGAAAUGUUGAAUCGUAUGUUAGGAUCAAACUUCACUGUUGUAAGAUAUGAACAAAACACGCAACGUAUGAAUAAUCUCGUUGAAUUAUAUCAGUCUGCAAUUCACAUGAUACCAAUUGAUGGAAUCCUUUCAAUGGUUAUGUCUAAUGGAUUUCUGGAAUUUUACUUAGAGGGAGAUCCAACUACUGCCUGGUUCUUUGCAAAAGCUGUUGAAUAUCUACAAAACAAACAUUUGGGAGGCGCAAUUCCUCAGGUAAUAGGUCUGGGAACACUAUCAAAGUAUGUAACCGAGUUGCUAGUAAAGACCCGUAGAGAAGCUGCAUCAGAUUUAAUUGUAGGAAAUACUGAUAGUUUAUAUGGAGAGUGCUCUUUUAUACCUUUCAAGUUCCCGGAAGAACUGCAAAGUAGACCAUUGGUUAACAAGGGUACCUUUGAAGAUAAUCGAAUUUUGUUAGGCAAUUCUUCAACCAUAAAAUCAUCCAUAAUUAUAGAUCGCAAAGUUGAUUUGAUAACACCAAUGUGUACUAAUUUUACUUAUGAAGGAUUUUUAGAUUCAGUAUUUGGGAUAAAUGAUAAUACAGUUAAUGUUGAUGUUGGAAUUUUAGAUGGGAAGCUAGUGAGUCAAUUAGAUUUGGUGAAUGAAUUUUAUAAACCCAAGGACAAGUAUGCUAAUAUAAACAAAAAGGCUAUUCCACUAAAUACACAGUUGUAUAGUGAUAUAAGGUGGCUUGGAUUUAUAAAGGCUGCAGAUUAUCUGAAGGAUAGAGCUCUUAAAAUUAAUAAGGGAUAUGACAGUUCAAACUUACAAACAAUAGGUGAGAUGGGUGAAUUUGUCAAAAAGUUCAAAUCUUUGCAACAGGAAAAUAUUGUACUUUAUACACACUACAAUAUUAUGGAGUAUUUAAAAUCGUUUGUACGCAGUGAUCGCUUCCAGCUUAUACAAAAUCUUGAAGAUGGAAUCUUACACGGCUCUGUUGAUCACAAACAGGGUGAUUCAAAGUUGAAUAUUUCAAAGUUAUGGGCUAAAAAGACGGAUGAUCCCUUUAUUUCUCUGCUCAUAGAUUUAAUAUUUUGGAACACCGAAAUAUCGCACGUUUACAGAUUACUGAUCCUCUUGUCUCAAACCAAUGAUGGAAUUAAGCAGGAUGAUUUUAACAUUAUAAAAAAAGCAAUAAUUUCUCAAUAUGGAUUUGAACAUUUGUACAAGAUACAAAAAUUCCUAAAAUGUGGAUUGAUAAAAGUGGUCAACACAGUUAACACUUUGAGGUGGCCAAAGCUCUUUGAUAAAUUUAACUUGUUAGUUUCUCCAGAAUAUGCGUCAUCUGAUUAUUCCAACGUAUUUGGGGGUUAUGCCCCGUUGAGCGUUCGGAUAGCACAACUGCUGAACAUUACAAACGACCUGAAACCUCUUCAAUCAGAAUUUGCUCUAUUGAAUUCACCAAUUGUGUCCAUACAACAAAUGAACUUGCUACCAGAGAUACAACAAACAAAAGAUAGCGAAGCCGCACCGAGUGCCUGUCUUGUUUCUUUCAUUGGUGGAAUCACAAUGGGCGAAAUUGUGGCACUUUCUCUCCUAAACUCCAGCAACAAGUCACACUACACAGUUCUAACUACACAUAUUAUAAACUCGAAUCAUCUUAUUGAUUUGUAA